GGGCAGGCCGGCCUCGAGCAACACCAGAUUUUGUAAAGGGGGAGGAUGGUAUCGUCCCAAAGGGAAGAGCCACCGGCGUGGUUCGUCUCGGCGGCUAUCCUCGGCGCCUUCUACAUGUUGCCAUUUCUGUUCCGCCUCCUCGCCCGCCUCGCGCUCUGCCUACGCCGUCCCAAGGACCUUCGCCGCCGCUACGGUGCGUGGGCCGUUGUCACUGGCCCGACGUCCGGCAUCGGCCGCUCCAUGGCCCUUGAGCUCGCCCGGCGUGGCCUCAACCUCGUCCUCGUCGACCUCAACGCCGCCAAUCUCCGGGAAAUCUCCGAGACCAUCGGCUCCCUGCACGGCGUGCAGACCAGGACCGUCGUGUUCGACCUCUCGCUUGUCUCCACACCUCAAGGUGACGAGGCGAUGGCGCGGCUCCGGGAGGCGGUGGCCGGGCUGGACGUUGGGGUGCUGGUGAACAACGCCGGUGUGGCGACGCCGGGCUCGCGGUACCUGCACGAGGCCGACGCUGAGGCGUGGGUGAGCAUGAUACGGGUGAACCUGUGGGCGGUGACCGAGGUGACGGCGGCGGUGCUGCCGGGGAUGGUGGCGCGGGGGAGGGGCGCCGUGGUGAACAUGGGGUCAGCGUCGUCGGAGGCCAUCCCCUCCUUCCCACUCUACACCAUCUACGCCUCCACCAAACGCUACGUUGCCCAGCUCUCCAGGAGCCUCUACGUCGAGUACAGAAGCAAAGGCAUCGAUGUGCAGUGCCAGGCUCCGUUCUACGUGGCGACCCAAAUGGCGUCGAAGCUCAAGGAGACCAGUCGCGUCACUCUGCUCCUCAUCGCGCCGACGCCUGACGCCUACGCGCGUGCGGCGGUGCGCUGGAUCGGGCACGGACCGCCGCUCUGCGUGCCCAACGUCGGCCACCAGCUCUUCUGGUGCCUCGUUGCCGCCGUGCCGGACCCCGUCCACGACUGGCUCCGCCUGCGUGACCACCUGCACCACAGACAGCUGUUCUACAGUCCACACAGUGUCGCCGGCGGCACGUCGCGCCGGUAAAUGUGUGUGCGUGCCAAAAUCGUGAGCGGAGCUCACCGUCCUACUGCUCGGGGGACUAUUAUGUGAUGUGUCCAUCUAUUGGUCUUGUUUAUUGUUUGUUUGUAGUGGUUUACUUCUAGUUGGUUAGUUUAAUGUACCAAUAUAUGUGGAUUUUCUCAUUCGUGUUUAGUGUUCGAGGCGGGGUGUUCGGGUUAGUGUACCUAGUCAUCUCUAGGUGAUCCAAUGACUUAUUUGUUAUUUUUAUUAUGUUUGGAUCUCUUUGUACUGAUACUGAUGAUUAUUAAUAUAUCGUUGAAAUUUCGCAA